AUGAGCGAAUGUCGUCGGUCCGUCCUCUCUUGCGCCCGCUGUCGCCGGAGAAAAAUCAAAUGCGAUCGAGCCAUCCCCUGCGGCCAGUGCAUUGCCGCAAAGUCGGACUGUACCGGCUUCAGCUCCAAGGACCAAGAUCCCACGAUCCCCAGGAGCAUUGUCCAGCAUCUUGAAUCCGAAAUUGCAAAGGUCGAGGGCGAGCUCGCCCGCAAUGGCCAUUUGGAAGAACUCAAUGCCUCGGACAUUCUCGCGGGCAUGCCUACCAACGACGGCAUUCCAAUCGAGGAUCCUGUAUUACCAAUCAUUGAUCUGCCCAGCGAGAAGCCAGACGAGACGCCCAAGUUGACGCUCAAUGUUGAUAUCAUCUCGCCGCCAGCCGUACCGAGAGACACGAUUCGAGACGAAGUCAUGAGCUGCGGAGAGUUGCAGGCUAUGAUCUUUGCCAUCCUCCCAACCGGCCCUGGAAUCACCGACCUCAUCUCGAGGGUCCGCAUGAGCCUGACGCCAUCCACCGCCAUAGCAUCUGGAUCUCCCAGAGAAGCACGCAGAAAGUCCAUCUCACGGGCCAGCCAUGAAGUCAGUUGCACUAUGCUGAAAUCUAUCCCGACUCCCAUUCUGCGAAGUCUCAUCAAGAAAUACAUGACCAGGGUGUAUCCGAUUUACCCUGUUUUACAUGCUCCCUCACUCUGGCAGCAGCUCGAGCGAGUCAUUAAGACUCUACAAGAAAUGCCUGACAAACAUCGUGCCGUUCCGCCGUCCUUUGAUUUUCUCAUCAUAUACCUCAUGCUCUCCAUCUCUGCUACAUUGGGGAGUGCGCGGACAGGCCACGAGGCUAAGCACAUGGUCUUCUCUGGAUCUCUCUUCGAAGAAGGCAUUCAGCAUUUAUCCGACAAAGCCAAAAUUCCUUCCGACCUUGCCGGGAUCCAAGUCACGCUCAUGGUUCUCCAAUACGCGUCUAUCAACCCUCGUCUCGCAAACGUCUGGAUGUUAACGGGGGCUGCGAUGCGCGCAUGCUUAGAACUCGGUCUUCACCGCGAAGCACCGGAAGCCCUGAACUUUGACCCGCUGACUCUCGAUCUUCGACGCCGUCUGUUCUGGUCAGCGUAUAAUUUCGACCGCGCCAUCUGCUCGGCACUUCAACGGCCCCUCUCCAUUCCGGACCAAACCAUUGAUGCUCAUUUUCCUUCUAUCCUCGAUGACAGGCAUAUCCACACCACCGGCAUCGACCCAACGGGCGCUGAAACCAAAAUUCACAUGUUACGAUGGAUCCAUUUCCGUCGCUUGCAGAGCGCCAUGACAGAAGUGCAUUUCCAGGGCAAGCCGCUCGAACCGGGGCAGUCGUGGGAAGACUGGCUGGUCUCGAUGGAAAGGCGCCUCCAAGCAUGGUAUGAAGACUACAAUGACGGCCAUGAGUUGACGGAAUUCACCCUUGCACAUGGCUUGACUAAUCUGCACCGCCCGUCACCUCGCGUGCCCUUGCCAGGACCCAGAAGUCUAAUGGUGGCGUUCGAAGCUGCUUGCUCUAGCGCCAAAUGUCUGCGUGACCAUAUCCUAACAGGUUUCUAUCGCCGGUCAUGGCUGAUUGCCCACCACGUGCUCGAAAAUAGCAUGGUUGUUCUGUUCUGUCUCCGCCACGGCUUUGACGCAAUCUCCUCACGGUUCAAUGCGCAGCAAAUUUUCGAAAUGACCAAGGUUUUCACCGCAAACUUCCUGGCCCUGGCCGCGCAGGGAUGGAACGAAGUUUCUAACUACGCGGGGGUGUAUGAGCGCCUUUUAGGACCGCUAUUGGAAUCCGUCUUUUCCAAUCGUCCGCCCUCGCUAUCAUCGUUUGGUCCCGCCCAAGAUGCAGAACUCACGCGUCUCCUCUAUCCUGGACCCGCCCAGCUGGAUAAGCUCCGCUUCGGCAGUCGUUCAGGCUAUGAGGGCGACGGCUUACCGACUUUUGAUGUGGGCACGUUGAACUGGGAAGAGUUUAGCGUGAGUGAUACAAGAUCGGCGAGUGCGGAGGGAUUUGUCGCAGGUUGGGAUUUGUUUGAUCCCAGUGCAGUGGGGAGUGGAGGGCAUGAUUUAGUCUUUGGGAUGGCUUAG